UAGGGUGUGAUGGCAGCCUCUACUCUUCCCAGGUGAUGGAUCGAUGCCGGGUAUGUGGAGGAGAUGGAAGCACUUGCUACCGAGUCUCAGGCAGUUUCCGAAAGGGGAUCUCACAGUUAGGAUACAUAUUUAUCACCAAUAUUCCUGCUGGUGCUACAGAUAUACUCAUUAUUGAACGAAGGAAGACAGAGAAUAUCCUGGCUCUGGCUGACGAUUUGGGGCAUUUCUUCUUCAAUGGGAACUCUGCUAUUGACAAUCCACAGAAUUUUAGAGUGGCUGGCACCGUGUUCAAAUACCGCCGUCCUUCCAAUCUACAUUCGGAUGGUCUGGAAUACAUUAUUGCACAAGGGCCCACUAAUCAAUCUCUCAACGUCAUGUUCAACCUGCUUUCCACAGUUCCAAGGCAAACCGUAGAUGACUUUCUUCCUCUCUUCUUGGAAAGCUUUGUCGAUAAGCUCUGCAUCUCAGUUCAAAUUGAAAUAACUUCCAUGUCCUUGUAA